GCGCCAUAGUGUUAAGACUCAACAAGGAGGAAAAGGUUCUUAAAGUAUGGUAUCUAUACUUCAAUAUCAUCAUAGAUGAUUUACACCAGAAUGGCCACCAGAAUGGGAUGGCUAAAAAUGGCAGACAUAGAAACCGAAAAAAGUUGUUUCUAUAAGCCAUGGCCUGGGAGUGAUAUUAAAUUUGUCAUGGAUGAUGGAAAACAGGUCUAUGCAUCAAAAGCAGUCUUAACAAUAGCAUCGCCUGUGUUUGAAGCUAUGUUUAACAGUGAUUUUAAGGAGAAGGAAGCAAGUCAAAUACCACUUCCAGGAAAGAUGUCUAAAGAUAUUGUGGCUCUCGUGGAGGUGAUCAAUCCUAACACAUUGGGUGAUAUUACAGAGUCUACUGUUGAACCACUAUUGGAGUUUGCGAGGGAAUACCAGAUGGAACAUCUGACCAGAAAAUGUGAAAAAUUUCUCCUUGGCUGCAGUGCCAGUUUUCAGAACCUGUAUCUUGCAGAUGAAUACAAUCUGAUUGAAGAAAGAGAGAAAAAUAUGAAGUCUGUCCACAGAAUCCCAAUGACAAAGCUUUACAGCUACCCUGAUUUCCGCAAACUCUCAAAAGAAUGCACCGAUGACAUUAUACUCAGGAAAUCACAAAUUUUUGAUUCAUUGAGAACUGUGGAACCCGGAUUUGACACAAGCAAGACUGAACAACAAAUCAUUCAAAAUAACGAGAUCAACAUGGUUUUGUUUUUUAUGUGUUGUUUUUUCUUUUUCUUAUCUUUUAUAAAUCGUUUUUUCUAACCUAGAGAGACACAUUAUUGUAACUACUUUGUCUCUCUUGGGAUUAUUAUACAAAUACUAGAAAAAUAGUACAGUAGGUAACUUGGCUACAUGAUGUUGUGUUACUAGUUUUCUGGACUCAAAAUCCAAACUUACCCAAAAU